AUGAUGUCUACUUUUCAACUUGCGUUAUGUUCUAUGUUUUCCAUGGCAAGGACGCACGAUGUAAAAGAUCAAUCUGAAUCUGAUCUGGUGUAUCAAAAGCUGUAUUUGACCCUAUUCGAUCAGUACAAUUCAAUGCUGCCAUCGGUGUUCGCAAAACGUGAAUUAUUCGUAUACGGGAUAGCAGAUUAUGGAGAGCACUGCUGUGGACACGCAUCAGUGGCCAGCUCGUCAUCAGGAGAUUACACCAUCUACUGUGGCGAUGCUGAUAAAAAAAGAAGCGCGUUGAUGUCUGGGAUACCCACCCAGCGAGUGGACAUUGGCGGAAUAGACGAGAACGCGAAGACGGGACUCGAACAACAAUCCGAUGUAUUAGGAAAAUUGUAUUAUCCAGCGGAGCGCGCGUCGGACGCGUAG